AUGUCUUCUAAUGAGAAAAAGCGCCUGCGAGAUCGUCGCUCACAACAAACUCUGCGCGAAAAGAAGUUGCGACAUACAGCCGAGCUCGAAGAACAGGUAGCGCACUGCAAACAGCACCACAGUGACGAAGGCGUUGCUCGCCUUUUGCAAGUAAUCAAUGGCCUCCGCAAGCAAAAUGACGCUCUUCUCACGCGACAAAAAUCCUUAAAAUCUCUCGUCGACUCCUGGGAGACAGAACUGGAUGAACCAGGCCCCACCAAUGACCCCACUCAUGACUUGUCAUCCCUGUACGAGGAGAUGAGCAAACGAGAGGCCCAAUUCUCCCUCCAAACGAACUUCAACGAAACAACAUCCCAGCACAAUAUAAGCAGUCUUCUUAACACCCCCAUCUCCGCUGCAUCAACACCUCCAAUUAUUCCAUCUCCAUGUCUGGAACCUCUUUCCGCCGAAACCACGCCUCUGUGGAAACAAAUCCCGCCACACACUGACAACUUCAGCACACGAACUAUGAUCUCGUGCCCGUGGCUCAUGUAUCCAGAGCUGGUAAUCCAAUGUCCCGACACUCCUGAUUCUCCUCUGGACCUUCUUUACGGCACGAAAACAAACAUGCUGGCAGACAUGAUACAUACGGCCCUGCAGCGCCGCCCAAUCCGCGAUCCAGAGCGACUAGGUACUGGUUGGCUGACUUAUCACUUCUCGAGAUGGGUUAUUGCGCCUAGCCCGGAGAACUAUAAUCGACUUCCUAUGUUCCUCCGGCCUGUGCAGGGCCAGAUGACAAUUCCGCAUCCUCUAGUGUUGGAUUUCAUGCCGUGGCCAAGGAUGAGACUGAAUCUAAUUCGGCGGUGGCACGUGUAUGCCAAAGACCGGGAUUAUCUGUUUGGGCUCCUUGCUUGUUGUGUGAAGCUUCGGUGGCCUUGGAAUGAGAAGAUCCUUGAGCGGGAUGAGCGGAACGAAUUGUGUAUCAAAAAGGCGUUUUAUGAGUUAUUCGCUAAUGAAAGUGGGUGGGGGCUUACGCCGGAGUUUAUAAGCCGGUAUCCUGAUCUUGUGGAGGGUAUGGAUAUUAGCAAAGUUGUGAUUGAGCUCUUGUGA